UGUAUUCAUGUGCUUUGUUUUUUCUCCUAUAUUAUAAACCUAGUUUUCAGUUUCAACACCAUUUUUUUAGCUUUUUUCUUUUUCUUUUUUGAGCCUUCAUCGCAGUAAUGGAAGAUAAUGGUCCCGACCCUAAUAGUCCGAGCCAUGUUUCCGAAAGAAGUGAACCAGUGAGAUCAAGGUGGACGCCAAAACCAGAACAAAUCCUCAUACUUGAGUCCAUCUUCAAUAGUGGCAUGGUCAACCCUUCAAAAGAUGAAACUGUGAGAAUUAGAAAACUGCUUGAGAAAUUUGGUUCCGUUGGGGAUGCUAAUGUCUUCUACUGGUUCCAAAACCGGCGUUCUAGGUCUCGCCGCCGUCAACGCCAGCUGCAAGCCAGCCUCGCAGCAGGUUCAGAACAAAGGAAUAACAACCCCCAAGCUCAAGCAGUAUACGGUGGCGGUGCAAUUCAGUAUGACAGCAGUGGUGCGGCGGCUGCUGCCGCCAUGGGGUUUGCACCGCCACCUUUCCACGUCGGUUCCUCUUCUUCUUGCGGUGUUAUGGGGGAUGAUGGGUUCGAGAAUCUGCUUUCAAUGUCUGCUCAAAUGGGGUUUCAAGAACUUGGGCAAAGCUCAAGUGUUUCAGAAACUUCAAAUUUGCACUAUCAAACUGGAUUCAUCACAGUGUUCAUCAAUGGAGUUCCAACAGAAGUUCCAAGGGGACCCCUUGAUGUGAAAGCCAUGUUUGGUGAAGAUGUGGACUUGGUUCAUUCCUCAGGUGUGCCUAUCCCCAUUAACGAGUUUGGCUUUUUACUUCAGACUUUGCAACAUGGAGAAAGCUAUUUCCUGGUUUCUAGAGUAACUUAAACCUUGAGCUCAACUCAACCUGAAUAUUACAUAAAUCUACAUACACCUUUUCCACAAUCCAACCCUGGAUUGGUAAUAUGUAUGCUUCGUGUUCGUAUAUUUGCCAUGUGAGUCGAUACUUUAUAUUUACAUAAAUUUUGGUAUAUUUAAUGAUUUGUAUAAAUUUUGAUAUAUUAAUAUAUUUGUGUUUU